CUUCUUUUUUUUUAAAUAUCACAAAAUAUCACUUGCGGAUACUUUACAAGAAAUAAGAUAUUUUACAUCAUUUACAAACCCGAGUGACGUCACGCAUGUAAACAGACCCAGUUUGAAAGUUGUAAGCGAGCCAAACGUCACCCACUUUGCUCUUUUAAAACCAUGGCCAGCGGUGAUUCUGACGAUGACGUGCCUACGGAGUUUGAAGAUGCUCUGUAUCGGAUUACGGCAAGGGAAAAGAUGGGGCUGAUGGCCAUUCUAACAGACAUUGAAGAACUCAAGAACCAAAUGAUAAAAGUCAGAGCAGACAGUAUUUAUGCUGAAAAAGAGAUAGAAGCUGUUCACGAUGAUGCUAAUACAAAGGAACAGCUGCUGUCAGGCAAGGAAGAAAGGACCAGGAUCACAGUGGAAACUGAUGAGCUCCACAGUGCACUCGUGAACCACAGAAUAGUCCGUGAUCUAUACCAAAAGAGUGUGUUUAACACCCAGAUACAGCAGGCUGUACAUGCUAGUGUGAAAAAGAUGGAUACUGAUGAGUUGGUUGAAAAUUUUCCUGAGAAAGGACAGAUGUUGGCGCACUACAGUUCCAAUUUAAACACCAGUAAAGAUAUAGCCAAAAUUAUGGAUGAAAAUGACCAACUGGAGAAGGAAAUCUUGGAGCAACGGUUAAAAUACCGCCAGCUUUUGAAAGGCAUCAAAGAAAAGUGGGAAACGCUAGAUGAGAAUAAGUUUAAAGCUGAUGCAAAUGUGCCUAGUCAAUAUGAUGAAUUGCAGAGGAAAGUUCAGGAGAGAACAUCAAAGAUGAAUAUACUUGUGCACAUGAUCCAAGGGUUGAUAAGCAGUUGUGGUUUCCAAUGGGGCAGUGAGGACUUCUAUGUUCAGGUUAUGAUGCUGUGCGAUAUAGCCCUCCGAUUUGGUGACUAUAGUGAGGCACAGAAAGUACUUGCAGAAGUGGUUGCCCUAAAAGAAGUAAAAAAGAAAUCACAGGCAAGCAAAAAGAAAAUAACCUCAUAUAUGACAAGUACUCCAGCUUCCAAAAAGAAGUGAUCUGAUAAUGCUGCACUUGGAAACUCUUAUUUCAUUUGUGUUUGAAAAAUAAUUGAGCUUUAUAUCUUUCUUUUUAGUCCUUUUCACUGUUCUGAAUUUGAGUUUCUAUCAUGUAAAUAUCAUUUAUUUUUUUUGUACGGCAGUCAUUGCUUCAAGCUAAUAUUAGGUAUAUGUCCAAAAUGUAAACAUUGUUAAUUAGUUAAUUAUAUACUGUAUACAGAUUUGUACAAGAUUUUCUUUAUAAUG